UGAUGCCGUGUCUUUGACAUCCAGUGUUGGCCGUCAGUUCUCUAAGGUGGAUGAUAUUGUCGAAUUGACUGUCCAUGGCAUAGAAGAAGUUGGUAAAGAAAUCAAAGAUGAUGUAAUGAAGAUGCUACAGAACAAGUUGGAUGAUGCCUUACUGGAUACCAUUUGUGUGAUGCUUAGUAGGAAUCCUCAGUGCAAACUGAAGCCAGAUGACAUCUCUUUCAUCCAGAAGCCAAAACAAGAACCACUGGAGACACUGUUGCUGACAAUCCCUGGACACUGUUCCAUGUAUCUUGUAGCGUUGAUGUACUAUCU